AAAUAUUAAGGGGUCGUUUGGUUCGCACGAGGGAAUCAGAAUACAAUGAACAAAGGGAAAGGAGAAGAAUGGAAUGAAAAUACCUAAAACUUGUGAUGUUUGUUUUAAAACAAAGGGAAACACUCCCUCUAUUCCCACCACCACACAACCACCAGUAACAUUCACUCUCCAACGUUCCAACCACCAAACCAGUCGCCGCACCUCCCCCACCGUUCGCCGCCCUUCGCCAGACUUCCCUCGUCGACCCAGCGGAGGUCGUCCCUCCUCCGAAAAUCUCCUUAGCCUAGAAAAACCCUAACGCCGCUGAAAAACCUCACCACUCCCCGUGAAAUCCAUCAAACGUCCCUCCCCCACCCUCGAAACCCUAACGCCUAGGGUUUCGAUGGUGGGGGAAGGUCGUUCGACGGAUUAACAGUGAACUGGGUUGGUUUUUUAGGUUUUUCGAUGGUCGUGGAGGCUCGGGGAAAGGGCGGCAUCGAUCGGGGAAGGGGCGGCGAAGGUCGGUGGAGCCGUGGAGGUGCGACUGGGUGGUGACUGGGUGGUGGCUAGGUGUGGGUGUGAUGGUGGAGGGGUGGCUAAGGAAAGGGAAUGGAAAAGUCUAGGGGGUGGGGAAUGAAGUUAGAAGGAUUUGGGGUAAUGGGGAGAGUAAAGAGAAUGGAAAAAUGUGCUUAACAAACCACAACAAAGAAAAUCGAGCCAGUUGAUUCUCAUUCCCUUUGUUGAUUACCCCCAACCAAACGACCCCUAAGUUAAAGGAGGCUGGAAUCAUAAACUACCCCCGCUUCGUAUUAUAUGCAACUUAACUGCAGUGAGACAUAAAAUAUUUCAAAGUUAAGGAGGUAGCAUAUAUUCAUCAAAUAUUCAUAAUAUCACAAACCACAAUACACUUUCAGUUUUUGUAAACACAAAUUGAAGGCUUUUCAAUGGAGGAUGACAUAGAGAACAUACUAUGGACUUCAGAAGACAUUUCAAACCGAGUCUCCGAACUCGCUGCUCAACUCACCCACGACAUCUCCGCCGUUAAGUCCACCGAAUUACCGGUGUUUGUCGGCGUUGCUACCGGUUGUUUCGUGUUUUUAGCCGAUUUAGUCCGACGAGUAUCGUUACCGGUUUCCAUUGAUUUAGUUCGAGUUAGCUCUUAUGGUACCGGUACUCUCUCUAAUGGCUCCCCUUCUAUCUCCUCUGACUUGAAGCUCGAUGUCACCGACAAACACGUUGUUUUGGUUGAGGACAUUGUGGAUACAGGAAACACGUUAUGUUGGCUCAUUAAACAUUUGAAAUCAAAGGGAGCAUCUUCUGUGUCAGUAUGCACCUUCCUUGAUAAGCCAUCAAGACGGAAGGUUAAUAUAGAGCUCAUUGGGAAAGGAAAGUUCUAUCGAGGCUUUGAGUGUCCAGAUCAUUUUGUGGUAGGCUAUGGAAUGGACUUUGCUGAGCUCUAUAGAAAUCUUCCAUAUGUGGGCGUUCUGAAGCCCAGAUGCUACCAAGGAGUCAAAGAGGAACUUCCAAAGAACUGAGGCUAGAAAGUUGUAUGUCUUCGUCGUUGACAAGAAGAUAGUAUAUACAUAAUCAUGAUACGUCUGCAAUUCCUUGCUGGAUGUUUUGAACAUCAGCAUUGUGUUCAUUCUCUUGCUGUAAGUUGUAAAUGCCUUUCUAGUUGAAUAAAAGUGCAAUUCUUCUUAUAAUUCAUGUGCAAAUGAUAAUCAUUGUCUCAUUGUCAUCGGUUUCACUGUUUGAGUUGACAUACAUAGGAUUCAUACUAUGUGAAUUGGCACAUUCUAAAUUGUGUUGGAAGAUCAUACACCCUACGUUACAGAAUAACAGACCGUGUUUGAUCUAUCUAGGUCCGUUUUUGGAAACAUAGCUAUUUAACUUUAACCAUAAUUUUCCAUCAUUAUUCAAAUUUAAAUAUCUACCAUACAUAUAUGCAGCACUUUUCUUUCAAAAUUUUUAUUAGCGUAUCAGUAAGGAUAAUACGAGAAAGCAGUAACUAUUUGCAAUAGGUAUCUAAUAACCAAGGAUUCGAAGAGCGCUGAACUCCAAGAUGUGGCAAAGCAAUUAGAUGCAUAUCCAUCCUCAGGGUUCCAACUUUGGUCGUGCAUCAAAGGUUUGGGAGUUUAGGGGUUAAAUUAUGUCCCAUUUUAUAUCAAAUCUUAUCUAGGAUUAGCUAGGUUGAAAAUCUAUGGUUAAAGUGUUAAUGUGUAGCAGGCUCAUUAGCAAGAGGCAUAUCAGUAUUCCAAAGGUAGGCUGGAGAUAUGAUAGGCAUAACAAAUUCAACUAAGCAUUCGCGUGUAUAAUGAUUUCGGGCUUAUUAAAAAUAUUUUAGCUAGCUAAAAGGAGGUGAAAAGACUCUUACCAGUUUGUGUUGGCUCUACAUGUUCUGAAGAUUUUAUUGACGAAAUGACUCUUACCAGUUUGUGUUAGCCCUUU